UGGUGCUAUUGGAGUCAGCAACAAAGAGAGUUAGUGUUGAACCAGACUGGAGAGCUUUUCAGCAGAGGCUGUCCUCCAGCACACAGACUGUGGAGUUCAACUAUGUCUUUACCCAGGACUGUUUUAAAUAACUCUGUCAUCAUUCAUCCUCCAGGCUUCUAUAUCAUCGGAUUUGAGACGUUUCCCUCCAUCAGUGUCUACUUCAUCUUUCUAGCAUUUGUUUAUGUGGUUACAGUGCUGUUCAAUAGUUUGGUGAUCUAUGUUAUUGCCUUUAAUCAUUGUUUACACACUCCAAAAUUUUUGGCUGUGGGCAACCUUGCUGUAAUUGAUUUAUUCCUUAACUCAUGCACUAUUCCCAGCAUGAUAAAGAUAUUUCUCGUUAAGGAUAACUUCAUUCCAUUCAACUUAUGUUUGGUACAGAUGUUUGUCUACUAUGCUUUUGGGACUUUGGAGUCAUACGCACUUGCUAUUCUUGCUUAUGACCGGUUGAUCGCAAUAUGUUUCCCUUUGCGUCAUAACUCAAUCAACACAAUGCGGAGCAUGUCCUGUGUUAUCAGCGUGAGUUGGUGUUUUGCUCUGGGAAUUAUUGCAUUUUCAACAGGUAUAAUGACUCAACUGUCUUUUUGCAAUUCUGUCAGAGUGUUCAGCUAUUUCUGUGACUAUGCUCCUGUUUUUAGACUCGCCUGUAAUGAUUACACAAUGCAGUGGUCUGUGGCCUCUUUGCUUACUUUCUUGCUCCUCGUGGGACCCUUUACCUUUAUUCUCCUCUCUUAUGUGAGCAUCCUGGUGACUGUGUUCAGGAUGAAAUCAUUGGACAGUCGGGUGAAAGCUCUGGCCACUUGUGUGGAGCAUCUCAUCCUUGUAGCCGUAUUUUACAUUCCUCUCAUCACCAUUUUUACUGUCGGGUUUUAUCUGCGUCUUAUUGACCCAGACCAGCGUGUGCUGAGUCUGUCUCUGGCCUCUUGCCUCCCACCCUGCAUCAAUCCUAUCGUAUAUUCUUUGAAAACCAAAGAAAUCAAAAUCAGAGCCCUAGCACUGGUAAGAAAACCUAAAAUUGAUACACAACAAAUAGGCCAAUCAAAAAGGGUUAAAAAAACCCAUAAAUAAUUUAGGACCAAUAUGUUUGUGCAGUGAGUAAAGAGUCUGAACUGUGUGUUAACUAAAACAUUGGAGAACUGAUAAAAUGACCAAUGAAUGAAACAAUUAUUUACUUUAGGAAAGGAAAAGCCUGGUAAAAAAAAAAUUAAACUGGCACACAGCACUGACGUUUCAAACUUGAUCAAUUUAUUUUCUGCCUUUCUAUGGUUUUGUUAAAUCCAAUAUUUCUGAAUACAAUGGCCUAAGAUAUAAAUCAAUUGUUACUUUACAGCUUGUUUUUGCCUUUUAAAGAUUUCAGGGUGAAGUUUAAACAGUAAAGGUUUAUUUGUUAUGCUUUAUUGUGGCAUGUUUAUUAACAAAUCAAUGGGAACAAACAAUGCAAAAUACUUAAAGUUAUCGCACUGCAAUGUUUAUUCACUUUCUACAAUUUGUUUAAAUGUAAUGUGAUGUGUAAAUUAUUCAAGUUUUAUAGUGUGCCAUGCCUCAUGAAAGUGUUAAGUUAUACUGUAUUCAUAUACAUCUAAUGCAGGGACAUAAUUAUGGAACAACAAUCUCUGUACAAAUCUCUUCAUGCAACCAGUCUUUGCAAUUUGAUUAUUCCUGGGAACUAACUGUUAAAGCAGAUGUUACACUGAAAAAGCAAUUAGUGUUGUCUCUGAUUUAUGCAACACUUUGGAUGAUGUUAAUUCAAUCACAGGGCUCUGAGCAGGUAAGAUUUUCUGACUUACGAAAAGCUGGUUGAAUGUCUUGGCCAAACUCAGGAAUUAAACGCCCUUUUGAAAAAAGUAAAUUAUUCAAUUACAUAGCCGAGGUUGCAGACAGUUUCACAUCUUUUUUUUUUUUAAAUCAGACUUACAUUUAUAAUGAACACCCUAAAACUGAUCAUUCUGUGGUCUAAGCACACACACUGGGAAAAUACACUCCUCUGGUCCUUGUGCCCCCACUGCAGAUUGCGUGAGCAGCCAAACAUUACUGUAGAUUUGUGCUCUUGUGCAGCAGUACAGCUGUGUCCCCUGGUUUGUCCAUUCUAUGUGACAUGUUUCCAAUUAUUUUGUGUACUUUGAAAAUGUCAGGUGUGGAAAAAAUAUAAUAAAACUUGUGAUAUGUAACUUUCAUGCAACCCUUCUUUUUAAAUUCAUCAUUUCCAAAUUUAAAUACAUCUGAAUUGCUUAAAAGUGUGAAGAAAAGGUCUGUUAUUUUUACAUGUUACAUGUAUUUACUUUUGUUAGACAAAUAAAAAUCUGAAAAUGAUGGCCUAUUCAACCAUAA